AUUCUUUAAUCUCUCAGUCAAUUAAUUUUGUAAAAAUUAAUGGACGCGUGGUAAUUUUAAUAUAAAUGGAACACAUACACUACUGCUGAUUUCACAAGAAGAUCGCUUGGCUACUCUCAAUUUGGAUGCCUCAACUCCGCUCUCUCUCUUUCGAUUCUCAUGGAUGUCGAAGAAGAAGAAGAAGCUGGAAUUGUAGAACCUUGUGUUGGUAUGGAGUUUGAAUCUGAAGAUGCUGCCAGGAAGUUCUACUCAGAGUAUGCUAGACGGCUAGGAUUUGUUGUGCGUGUUAUGCAGCGUCGUCGUUCUGGGAUUGAUGGGAGAACUCUUGCUCGUCGUCUUGGAUGUAACAAACAGGGUUUUUCUCCAAAUAAUAGGACUAUAGCUGGUCCUGGUCCGGACAAGAAGCCAAGGCCCAGUGCGCGAGAAGGUUGCAAAGCAACCAUCUUGGUUAAAAUGGACAAGUCUGGUAAAUGGGUCGUUACUAGAUUUGAAAAGGAUCAUAAUCAUCCUUUGGUUGUUACUGCUUCUGGGUUCUCUUCAUCGGGUGACAAGGAUAAGAAAAUUGAAGAGCUUACGAAAGAGUUGGAGCAUCAGAACCAUUUAUGUGCAACUUAUCGUGAAAAACUAGUCAGUUUUAUGAAUAGCAUUGAGGAGCAAACAGAAGAACUGGCUUCAAAAAUUCAACUUAUUGUUGACAACGUCAGGAAAGUUGAAUCAGAAGUGCAAAACUUUUCCCGCCGUAGAUAGUCCUGGCAUUUAACCUGGUAGAUAACAAAAUGAAGCUAGGCCCUCAAGCCAUGCUUUGGAACUUCGUGGCUAUUGCCAUUAUGCCUGCCCAGAGCUGAAAUGUACACUUCUGGACACAGCUCUAUGUUGGUGCUCAAAAUAACCUUAAUUGAUGAACCAGCAUGAAUUGAUUGUUGGGAUUCUUCCAGUUGUAUAGUAAUCUUCUCCAGUAAGCUCUUAGAGAUAUGUUGGCUCAGCCAUCGCAUGAUUUCUGUAAUGUUUGUGUGAUAACUUAACACUAUAGGUGCUUAGGAUCAAUGCUGGAAUAGUGAUGAGCCAUGUCAUGGUUAGCGGCACAGAAGAAACGAUCAUAAUUUCUACGGUCCUGGAGGCAAAAAAGAAUAUGUUUUACCUGCUUUUAUGGUCAAAUAAUGUACUACUUUCGGUUA